CCUCCCGUGACCGGCGCCGCCGCACGCAUCCUCCGCCCACCCACCCCCCCUCACGCCGAUCGCGCCGUACGCGCGAACGCCCGCCCGCCGGACCGGACCAGCCGGCGCCGCCGUGAACAGGGUAAGGCGAUGUUCUCCGGCGACUGGACGCCGCCGUGCGGCAGCUGCUGCACCAAGAAGUACGCGACCCUCGUCCAAAUCCCAUGGAGGGUGUUCUGCAAGAAGGGGUGCAACGCGGACGGCGACACCUGGGAGGAGUGCAUAGGUAAAUGCACUGAAAUAUGCUACAAGGAUCCGGUGUUGGAAGAUCGCCAGUGGAGUGCUUAUAUCGAUCGGUCGCCAGGAGAGGACAGUUACUCCUUGGAGUGCUUCAACGCGUGCAUCUCUGGGUGUGGAUACAGGUUUGACAUACCGGCGGAGAAAGUAGGGCUCAUCAAGCCGAACAGGCCAUCCAAGCCGCCGCCACCGCUACCCCCCGUGGUCGAACGGGCCAAACCUAGCUCCGGGCCUCCCGCCGCGGCCGGCGAAGAUGUGCCCGGCACAUCGGCAUAGCCCAUGAUGAUGCCAAAUUUUCGUGUAAACUGUUAGUAACUGUCGUCCUCGAAUUACCCACCGUUGUUCACCUUGGUUGUGAUGGAUGUAUGUUUGGGAAGUUUGGUCAACUCCAACCUCACCCUGAUGGGUGAGGAGUAGAUGCUAACUAUGGCAUGGCAAGCAAGCGUAUAUGGAACGGAACGGAUGUUCCACCCAGUUAAA